UCUUUAAAAGCAGCCUGUGUUGCAUUUCUGGGCAAUUUUUAUCUAAUUACUGUCUUUAGAUACCUGAUGUCUCUUGAUCAUUCCACACUACUACCUCCAUUGAAUAUCAAAGAGGAACAUCAAAGAGAACUGGAAGAGAGAAGACCAUUUACUGAAGAACAAAAAAAAAGCUCUUGAUCUGCUGAGGUUUUCUGAAUUGGACGAAGAUGGUUUCUUUUCCUUAUUUAUUUACCCUUUUGGUUACCAUUCAACUCAGCUUAUUUGGCUCCAGCUCCCUUGUAUUAGGUUUGAGGAAGAUCUGCCCAUUGUGUAACGGGCCCUCAGGGGACCUCAAGAGCCACAGAGUUGAACGUUUAUCUGGGGAGGAGAUCACAUCCAUGUUGGCAUUAGAUGAACCCUGUGGGGUUUACACCCUACCGUGUGCUCAGGGUCUUCGGUGUUUCCCUCCUCUUGGGGACCAAAGCCCACUUCAGGCACUGCUUCAGGGACGAGGGGUCUGCAAAAACAUCAAAAGUACCAUUACUGACAUCCCUCCACCUACAGACUAUCAACCAUCAACCACUGAGAACAAUGAAAAGGGUCCUUGUCGCAAACUGCUAAACACAGUCCUCCAAAGUAUUGAGCUCACAAUCAUUCAUUCAAUUCAGGACAUCUACAUCCCCAACUGUGACAGACAAGGGUCCUUUAGGAGGAAACAGUGUCGCUCAUCAAGGGGAAUGCAGAGAGGCCAGUGCUGGUGUGUUGAUGAGAAAGGAUCAAAAAUUUCAUCCCGGAAAAGAAAUGAUGGAACUAUCUCAUGUAACAGUGUCUGAGAACUUGUAAAUCUGGACCUGAAAUGUGUUUAGGAAGGACUGAGAGAGAGCCAGCGAAAGAGAUGACAUACACUGAGAACUCUAUGACCACAAUACUUCAUCUCCCUCUGCUUGUGACAAAUAUGUUUGCAGUAUUAUGUGGCAUUCAUUUUGAUGCAUAAAUCUGCCAGAGCAGUUACAGUUACUGAGUUAAAAACAUUUCUUUCUUUUCUUUUAGAAUAAUCAUUUUAGUUUGUUAUAAAUCCUUUUAAUCUUGUUAAAUGGUUGAUGGAAAUAUAUAAAAAUGUCAUCUCCCAUUAAUGUGCAGUAUGUCUAGACUGAAUAAGAGCUAUGCAG